CUUUGUUCCUCUCCUCCAUAGCUCAAUCCUCUCUCAAUUUCUCUCAUCUCACUCUCAAAUUUAUCUCAUAGUUUCUCUUAAAUCAUUUUUUUCUCUCAUUUUUUAUAAGAAUGUCGCAAAAUUCCUUUGAUGUUGAGGUACCCGAUUUGUGUUACUGUUCUGAAAUUUGUCCUUUAAGAACUUCAAGAACUCCAUUAAAUCCGGGUCGUAGAUUUUUUGGAUGUAAAGUUUCAAAGGAAAAUGGUGGAUGUGGGUACUUUAGAUGGAUUGAUCCAAAAUCUUCAAUUUCUGUGCAUCAAUAUCCUGAGAUAGAAUCGAGCUUAAUGAUUAGGUGCAAAGAUGCUGAAAAUUCUUAUGAUCUAUUGAAGCAAAAGCUCAAAGACGCUGAACAAGAAAGGGACACUCUGUGUGAGAAAUUAAAAGAUAGUGAAGAGAAGUUGAUUGCAUUGAAGCAAAAACUCAAAAAAGUUAAACUUGAAAAGGAGUGUGCUAAGCUCAAAUUGAAUAGACUUGUUCUGCUUCUUCUCGUUGUUGUUACCGUAAAGUGGUUCUUUAAUAUGGGGUAAGAUAGUAGUUAAGGUUGCCUAUUGAAACUGUUAUUGAAAGGCUGCUGAAAUGUAUUUAAGUCACACAAAUAGCUAUGAUUUGUCGACGUCGAUGAAAGAAAAAAGAUCAGGAGCGCAUGAUCUUCAAAUUUAUGUCAACACUAUAAUAAUUAUGUUGUUACUUUUUAACACUUAUCGUACUAAGAGUGAUUUAAUUACUUAUUAAUUCAUGUUCAUCAUGUAAUGGUCUAUUGAAGGAGUUUCGUCUUCGUGUCUCA